AUGGCAGUCCGGAUCUCCAGACCUUUGCUUCUCCCAUACAAGGGCCGUAUGUUCAGUGCUGUGGCCCAACCAGAGCCAAGGUUAACAGCUGAUGAAAAGGAGCCAAGAGCUUACAUUAAAAAGCUAAGCAAUGGGAUGCUGGUAGGAACCAUAGAGUCUCAGUCUCCUCUGUCUAGACUGGCAGUAGUGGUCAAUGCUGGCUCCAGGUAUGAGAGUGGAGACAAUCUUGGUGUUGCACAUGUCCUCCGACAUGCUACAAAACUUAGAACUGAAAACCUCUCCAACUUGGGAAUAACAAGGUCGACUCAGCAACUGGGUGCUGAUCUCACGUGCCAGGGCACACGAGAACAUCUCUUCUACAAGGGAGUUGUCACCAGAAACUGUGCCGCUAAGGUUGUGGAGAUCCUGCGAGAACUCACCACCAAGCAAACAUUCAAGGACUGGGAGCUAGAAGAAAUACAGGCUGAUCCUAAUGGUUUAAAACUUGAUCUCUCUGUUUUGAAAACACGCCCUGACAUCCGUGUGAUUGAGCUGCUGCAUGCUGCAGGUUUUCGAGACACCCUGGGCAGAUCUCUGUAUGCACCAGAGUUUAUGAUUGGCAAAUAUACCCAUGACCAGCUGCUUCACUACGUGAAGACCUACUUCAGCAGUGGACAUGAACUGGAGCAGCUGGCCAGUGAGUUUGAGCCCUACAGCUCUAUUGGAGUUCCACAGACCAAUGCCACAUUUUAUGGAGGAGAGAUACGAGAAAAUACUGGUGGCCCACUUUCCUAUGUUGCAUUUGCAUAUGGAGGACCAAGUGUUGGUCAGUUCAGCAAGGACUCCCUGGCCUUGGAAGUCUUGAAGCAGGUCCUUGGAGUGGGGCCACAUGUCAAAUACAGUACUGGAACUGUAGCUUCCAAUCUUGGCAAGUUAGUCGCCAGUGUCACUUCUUCACCAUUUGCUAUCUCCAGCAUCGGGGCCAGUUACUCGGAUGCCGGUCUUCUGGGCCUUUCCCUGGUUGCUCCAAACUCCGAGAUAGACAAGGUGGUUCGUACAGCUGUCAGCAGCUUGAGGUCAGUGCUGACUUCUGGAGUCUCAGACCAAGAUGUGCAGAAAGCCAAAACCAAGCUGAAGUCAGAGAUCGCCAUGUUGUUCCUGGAGCACCCGGACAACCUCUUGUCCUGGCUGGGGGAGCAGACUCUCAACAGUGAUCACAUCUUGACUCCCCAGGAGGUCUACAGACUGGUGGAUCCCAUCACAACCGGCGACAUCAACAGCGCUGCCAAGAAAUUGGCCACAUCAAAACCUGCUUUGGCUGUGACCGGAAACACUAACAAUGUCCCAUACCUGGACAGGCUGGUCUCCUAA